AAAAUGCAAAAUCUCCUCCGUAAAGGUUGCAUCUUUUAUCUUAAUUAACCGCACCACCUUUUUAUUUAUUACUGUCCUCAAAACGCCAACAAGAAGAAAGACACAACCUUCAUAUUCAUUCACUAUUUGUGAGCCCCCCCUCUUCUCCUCUCUCUCUUUUUAACGUUUUGUCCUUCACUUUCGCAUUCCAAAAACAUAUCAUAUCACCUCUUCAAUGGGGAUAAUGGGACAAGAUUCAGAUUCCAAGACCCAGUUGGUAUUACAGAUUUGCUCCAUUGCCACCCGUUCUGUGGUGUGUGCUCAUAGGCUUCUCUCAAACUCACCCAACCCAUCAUCUUUCAUUGACUGGUAUUGCAUUCUUGGAGUGGAAGAAAAUGCAGGGAUAAAUACCAUUCGCAAGAGAUACCAUAAACUGGCUCUGCAACUUCAUCCAGAUAAGAAUCAACACCCCAAGGCUGAAAUUGCCUUCAAGCUUGUCUCUGAGGCCUAUACAUGUUUAUCCAAUGCUGCAAAGAGAAGAGCAUUUGACUUGGAGAGACUCAAGAGCUUAUGCUUUGAAUGCAAAAGAAUCCCCAACACAUCCAGCAAUGCCGGUGGUUCGGGUUUCAAGGCAUGGAAUAUUAUCAACAUCUCAAGGUCUUUCAAGCUCUGGAGAAACAUAAGGGACAUGAGAGAGAGAUUCAAGGAGGAGGCAAAGGUGAUUGAGAACUGUCUGCGAGCGAAUUCCAUGUCAAGGAAAGAAUCUCCUCCCUAUAAUCCGGUUGGAUACCUACAAAGAAGCAAGUCCCUGCACAGAUUUGAUAGAGAAACCCCUGUUUUCAAUCCCUCAGAUUAUUUGUACCAAGGCUACCCUCAUCUGAGGAGCAAUGUUUACAAGAAUUCUUCCACAUAUUGGUACCUGCAGACAGAGAGUAUGCUGCAUAAUGCAAGGGAAGGAGCACAGCAUGGCUCCCCUAUUUUUGAGGUCAAAUCUAGGAGUAUGUUCACAAGCAAAUUUGCUCAAGUCCCAUCGCAAUGUUAGCUCCAUUUUUUGUUUUCUAACAUUCAAUCAAUGCAAUGUGAUAGCCACAUUCUUCGCUA